ACAUUGCCCGGAAAUCAGUCAGGAUGUGAUUGUUUCCUUUUCCUGAUACAACUAGGCUGACACAUAUAAUGUGUGGAUAUUGUAUGUUUUACAUUGCAUAAUAGAAUUCUGAACAAUGAAUUUCAACUUUAUUAUUAUACUUCUCGGAAUUUCUUUCUCACAGAUUGUGAUGGAACGAUCAGUUGUGAUUAGGGAUGUGGCUCUUAAUUGGACAGAAGCAAGAACCGCAUGCAGGGGCUCAAAAUCACAUCUUUUAAACUUUUUUGAAAUGAAAAAUAGACUUGAAUACUUAAAAGGCAAUUUAAAAGAAACUACAAAGUACUGGGUUGCAGAUACAUGGAUACCAAAACUAUUGUUUGUGAAAGGUUGUCAAUCAAAAACCAACAUAUUGUCGACAAGAAUAUUUGAAGGAAACAUCCUUUCAGAAUGUGUGAAAUAUUGCGAAAAUCAAAGCUAUAACACUAUUGGAAUACAGGGAUACAAUUGUUCCUGUAUUGUCGAACAAAAUCUUCCAAAUUUGGAGUCCAAUAGUUGCGACAUGAAAUGUGCUUGGACCAAUAUUUCAUGCAGAGCGGAAAAACGUUCAUUUGCUGUUUAUCAGUUGGCAAAUGAUGUUCUCCGUCGUCUCGGAGGGACACAGUUUCAAGAUUGUGUUUAUUAUAAUACGUUUUAUGAAACAUUUACAAGAGACGAUUGUAACUCAGAACUCCCCUUUAUUUGUCAAGAUAGAAAUGGAGAUUUAAAACCUCACGACGUCCCAUUAACAUGGAUGGAAGCUGAUAAAAAUUGUUCAGAAGAAGACAUGAUUCUUGCUAAUGUCAAUAAUGAAACAAUACCCAGAAGAUAUAAUACUAAAUACAAGGGAAACUACUGGAUUGGAUUAAGACAGUCGUACAUCUAUCAAUCAGAUUUGGAAUCUUCUCUAUGUUCAUUUGUCCAAAAGUAUAAUUCACUUGGUGAUCUUACCUAUUCCAAAGAAGAUUGCUCAGAGAAAAAUUCAAACAUUUGUUUAGAAGAUCCUGUGAGGACAGCAUCAUCUUCAAAAACUGUUCAAAAAGUCAGCAAUAGCUCGAGAAAUACUGAUGGAAGUACAACAAGAGAUGAGAACAUCGAAACAACAAAUGAGAUCAGUACACAAACGGUCAUUGGAGGAGGUAUUGGAGGAGAUGCAAAUUACCAGAUGAAACUCCAAAGUGAGUCAGCAAAGCAUGCUCAAGAGCGUAGAAGUGUUUGGAAUGAAGGUGUCCUUGCUGGUGUAAUAGUGGGGAUUAUCGGGACAGUUGCUCUAGUGGUGCUCGUUGUCAUAUGCUUGUUUUUCAGAUCCAGGAAUAAAAAUCCCAGGUCCAAAUAUCAAUCCCCAACGGUCAUCUUCUCCAGCACUCCAAGGCGUGAUAGUAAACUCCCAGAGGACAAAUCGGUGAAAUCGUCCCCCAUAAAACCUGUAAGGAGGUCAAAGAAAUCCAACCCAGGCUCUAUGUCGGGGGGUACAGCUUAUGAAAAUAUUGUACUUACACUAGAAGAUCCAAAAACGAUAUCCCGAGUUGUAAGUUCAUCUUCAACAGCACAAAAACAAGACACGAAAGAUGUCGAAAAUAGUUAUGACGUCAUGGGUGCAGGCAAAAACAAUAACCCGAGUGGUACCAGUCAGAGCGUUUAUGGGUUUAGUGCGCCAGAUAAUGAAUAUGACGUAAUGGAUAGGGGUACAAGACGUAAUGAAGAAAUGAAUCCUGAUUAUGAUCACAUGUGACGAAAAAGAUUCGUAUGAGAGAUCAUUUCAUUGAUAAAUAACUUAAUUAUUCAUGAUAGGUUUUAACUUAUGUU